CGCGCAUGGAGGCGGCGGCGGCGGCCCCGGCCCCGGGCGGCGGCCCCGGUACCCUGCUGCUCUGCCUGGCCCUCGCCUCCGGCUUGGCGUUCUUCAGCUGCGUGGGCGCCGACACCAACGUGACCGCGGGCCACGGCACCGAGGGGCUCAGCUGCGACACGGCCAAGGGAUGCACAGGGAACGGGACGCAGCUGCGGCGGCAGAGCCACUUCUCCCGGUGCCCGGASGAGUACCAGCACUACUGUGUCAAAGGGAGGUGCCGCUUCGUCGUGGCCGAGCAGGCACCGGCGUGUGUGUGCGAGUGGGGCUACACCGGGGCUCGCUGCGAGAGCGUGGAUCUGUUCUACCUGCGAGGGGACCAGGGCCAGAUCGUCAUCAUCUCCCUGAUCGCCGCCAUUGUCACCCUCAUCAUCCUCAUCGUCGGCAUCUGCCUCUGCAGCCACCACUGUCGGAAGCAGCGUAGGAAGAGAAAGGCAGAAGAGAUGGAAACCUUAAACAAGGAUUCGCCUUCCAGAARCGAAGACGUGCGGGAAACGGGCAUYGCGUGAAGGUGCAGGGGGCCGGGGGGGCUCAACCGAGCCGGUGUGACCGGAGCCCCGCACUGGGGCGGGCGCUGAGUUCCUCGGGCUCCGCUGUCUCCGCAGGAGCUCCCGGUACCUGCGGGCGGGUCCCGGACGGCAGCACCGGCUGGCUCCACGGGCGAGGGCGAACACGCGCGGCGGCUUGAAUAAAGGGGUGACGGAAAGCUGUCCCCGUGUCGCCAAUGUCCUUGCGGGCACGGGCGCCGCUACCGCCGGGGGCUGCGCUGCCGCGCCGCGUCCGCCAGACGGCGACACCCGCGGGACCGCGCCACAACCGCGCCACAACCGCGCCACAACCGCGCCGCCGUCCCGCUCCGGUCCCGGCUCCGGGGGCUCUGCCGGGCUCGGGGUCCCGCUCCGGUCCCGGCUCCGGGGGCUCUGCCGGGCUCGGGGUC